AUGUCAGAAUCUUCUGGAGACGAGACGUCCGACGAGGACUCGCUCGUCGGGGCUUCCUCAUGGGUUCCAGCUUGCGUUUCCAAGGUGGCUCCGUCGAACGCCCCCUGGAUCUGGUCUAUUAUUAAUACGAUCCUCUCUGUUUGGUCCUUCCUGCUUGUGCUGGAAAUAACCGGCACUUCGCUUUUCGACAGUCAGCAUCGCCUGGAAGACUCACAACUGUACCUGGUGUAUAACUUCGGGACGACCAUCAUCUGGUGCCUGGAGGUGACAUUGACCGUCUUGGUUCCAGCGGAAGAUGAGGGAGGUUGGCUUGAUUUUUCCCUUGUUUGGAUUGAGCUGCUUCUGGCCAUCUACUUUUUGACCGACUCCAUUUUGCUCUUUCAAAAAUGGGCGAAGACGGGAGACUGGGAAAGUGAGCUCGCCGAUACGAUGCUCAACACCAUUGGAUACGUGUACUUCCUUAUCAAACCAGGAGCAUGUGAGCGUUUGAUGUGGUGUAAAUGGCGCGAACGAACAGGAAGAGUGACCAGCCAGCGCGGAGCGUAG